CAUCACCGCAGCAUCAUCCUCAAUAUAUCAUCAUGUUCCAUUAGAGGAAAACCUCUUAUUUUCUUCCUUGUUUGGUACAGGGACUGCGGUGAGGGGGCUUCAGUGUCGUCCGUGUGUCAGGCAGUUAAUCUGCCCUGGUUGAAGCUUGCAAACCAACGGCGUGGCUUUUUGAGCCUCCUGUCAUUAUCUAGUCAUUAUUUUGUUUGUAGCCAUAGUACUAGCGUAAUGUUCAUCCAGUCUACAUAAUGAA